AUGAUCGGUUUCGUCUCGCUUCUCCUAUGCGGUAUUUUCUCAGAAUGCACCCAGGAUAGCGAGUGUGGCGGCGCCGGGGGUACUUGUGAUGUCACGAUCGGCGGUAAGAAGUACUGCUCCAAGUGCGACGGAGCGCGGGUCCCCGUCAACGGAGUUUGCAGAUUGUUGAAUGUAUCUCGUAGUAUAUGCCAAGUUCCAUUGAAUAGCGCGGGUACUGGCUCUUGUACAGGCUGCAUCCGUGACUUCCUCUUCUACAGGGGCGGGUGCUACCGCACGGCAUCCCUGAUCAACGCCAUAUGCAAGGAGAAGCACAUCGUCGAGGAGGGGAUGUACUGCGGGGCGUGCGCCAUCGAGGGCGACGUCCCGAUCGACGGGGUGUGCGUAUCAGCAAGCACAGAUAGCUCUGGAAACACGUGCGACAAGGGCGUGUGCACGACAUGCGCAAGCGGAUACUUCUUCCACUACGGGUCAUGCUACAAAUUCGGAGGAUCUCCAGGCAGCACUGUGUGUCCUAAGCCAACUAGCACUACUGGCUCUGUCUGUGAUUCUUGCGGGUCGAAGUUCGUCAAGAACCCCAGUGCGAGCUCGUCUGCCACCUCCUGCCUCGCGUGCUACGGGCUGGACGGGACCCUCUUCUGCGAGCGCUGCCGGAUGAACGUGCUCACGAGCGCAGACGUGAAGCCCACUCUGUGCACACAGUGCAAAAUAGGCUACGUGCCCGUGGAUGGUCGUUGUGUGUCAACUUACUCUGCCACCUCGGCUCUUGCAGGGUGCUCUACCUAUAGCGGUAAUGAGAAUACAAAGGGACUUUGCGAAACGUGCUCCUCCGGCUACAUGCUCUUCUACGGGAGCUGCUACUCUGUCAACGGCCCCCUCGCCCAGGCCAUCUGCAAGACCGAGAACCAGAUCUACCUUGGGGGAAGGGUCUUCUGCAAGAGGUGCGCCCAGACAGACCACUACCCCAUCAACGGCUUAUGCAUUGCUGAUAAGGGAUCACAUACGUGCGAGGCGGGCAUCUGCACAGCAUGCGACACCAGCAUGACCUCUGUCGACACCUCCAAGGUUUUCCUGUUCUACAACGGCUGCUAUGAUGCAAACUCUGCAAUCGGAAAGCUAAUAUGCCAGGAGGCGUCUAAUGGAGCGUGUUCAACUUGCAAUACAAACGAGACAUCGAAUAUAAUAGCUAAUCCUAAUUCUGCAGAUGGCCAACCAAAAUGUCUUGGAUGUUGGGACGAGGCAGCUACUGGGGUGGCCAACUGCGGAGGGUGUGCGGCCGGCACAGACGGCGAUUCCAAGAUCGUCUGUAGCAAGUGCACCGACUCGACGGAGCCCAAAGACAACACGUGCCCUCAGGCCCUCCCGCCCACAACGCCUGAAGGAUGCGCCGUCCAGGGCUGCCAGGCGUGCUCGAAGGACUCCGCUACGACGUGCGACGCCUGCUUCGAGCCUCUCAUCAUGAAGGAGGACAAGACGAAGUGCUUCGGGAGUUGCCUGGCGCUGGGCCCGGGCUACUACAACAACUCUGGGAUAUGCAGCCCAUGCAUAGAGAACUGUCUCCUUUGUACAGACGGGGCCACGUGCUCCCAGUGCGCCGAAGGGUACUAUCUCGAAGUGUCUGGUGCCGGCUCAACGACAGGAACCUGUAAGGCGUGUGCUACUGGAUGCUCGACGUGCGCCAGUGCCGGUGAUAACCUUUGCUCUACGUGUGCUGUGGGAUAUUAUGCUGCAUUUGCUCCACGGCGCGGGGAAACGGGAAAAUGCAUUCUAUGUAAUGCCAGUGGGGAUGGAUAUACUGGCGUCGCAAACUGUGCCGUUUGCUAUAGUACUACAGGGGAAAGCGGAAAUAAAAACGUUGUAUGUAAUACAUGUGAUGAUGGAUACAUUAAACAGCACACAGGUAAUACAGUCGUUUGUAACCUUCCGACUCCAGAAUGCAAUGCCGCAAUGUGCUCGGUUUGUGUUGAAAAUAACCCAGAUCGUUGUGAGCACUGCACGACCGGCGCGUACCUCUGCCCGCGGACGGCGACGUGCACGAAGGACUGCGCCAGCUGCGGCGGCUCGAUGUACCCCGACGAUGACCUCGGGGAGUGCCAGCCGUGCGACAUCGCGAACUGCCGGGUCUGCGCGACGGGGCUCAAGUGCGAGAGCUGCGCGGAGAGCGCCGUCCCCAUCUCCCCGGACGUCUACCACACGGCGUGCAUGGGCUGCAGCGACACCGGGGGCAUGGACGGCUGGGUGGGCCUCGCGGGGUGCACGACCUGCGAGCUGACCGACAAGGGCGGCGGGAGCGUCAACUGCCUCGACCCCGGCUACUACCGGCGGGGCGGGCUCGGCGGGGGAGCAAUCGCCGCCAUCGUCAUCGUCGUCCUCCUCGUCCUGGCCGUCGCCGGCUUCCUCGUCUGGUGGUUCGUCUUCAGGAGGGGCGGCCGGCCCAAGCGCGGGGCGAAGUACACAUCGCUCAUGCGGGGCGAGUCCUACGACUACCGCCAGUCUCUAAUAUGA